GAACAGCAUUUCAUUUGCAUUCCAUUAGGGUAUGUCCAUCAGAAGCUUCCUGCGUGGCUUAGCAAAUUUAGAGCUACAGGAUAGUGCACGCCUGGCGUCAAGCAAUGUUCAAUGUCAAGGAGGACUGCAGAGGAUACGGAGAUUAAAAACCCGAGAUAACAGAGCAGCUACUAUAGAUCAAGACUUUGUCCUUCAUCGAAGCAUGUCUUUCAAAUGUGGAAUUUUCCUGUUGGUGCUGGUGUGCAGCAUUGGAUAUUGUAAGUAUCUUUCCGUUCACAUCCCCAAGCACACAAAUACACAUACACAAAUCAAAAUAGUGCUGAAUCUUUCAUUGUUUUUAAAAUGUGGUGUUCAUAACAAAAGUCUAAGCAAUUCACUGACAUUAAUGCACAGCAUUAAUGCUCGGUUACCACCGUUGCUGAUCGCGUUUUUAGCCUAACUUACGGCUGACCCA